UUCUAACCAUCGUACUGAUCUCUUUCCCUGCGGUCAUACUCUUACCCAUUCGUAUUUCAUUCUCUCAAGUAAACAAAGAAAAGGACUAUCUAGAACGCUGGAUCUGAAUUUUCUGUUGCUUGUUCUCUGUUUCUCUAUUUCACAUUUGUGAUUCAGAUUUGCGAUUUGGAUCUGAAAAAAUGGAUCGAGAAAAUGGCGACGGUGACAUUGAAGGCGGUGGCGGCGAUGAUGGUUUUCGCUCGGGCCGCAAGUAUCGUCCUGUCUUGGCCAAUGAUCGCGCGGUACUCGAAAUGUCUUCCAUAGAUCCGGGAUCUACUUCUUCUUCCACUUCUGCUUUUACAGAUAUUCCUUCUAAUCUCAGAAAAGUGAAAACUAGUCUUAGUGGGAGUUCGGAUGCUAAAGAAGGCAACGCUUCUCAUCAACAGCAACCUAAUGGAUCCCAGCAGCAGGAAUCUAAAUUGGAACUGUUCGGUUUUGACUCUCUUGUCAACAUUCUUGGUCUCAAAAGUAUGACUGGUGAGCAGGUUGCACAACCAUCAAGUCCUAGAGAUGGUGAGGAUAUAUCUAUCACUGCUGGCUUGCCAAAGCCUGCUGCUCCCAAACUUGGUACAUUGAUGGGUGUAUUUAUUCCAUGUAUUCAAAGCAUUUUGGGCAUCAUCUACUACAUUCGUUUCUCUUGGAUUGUUGGCAUGGCUGGCAUAGGACAAACAUUGUUGCUUGUUUCUUUAUGUGGCACCUGUACAUUCCUUACUUCAAUAUCAUUGAGUGCUAUUGCAACCAAUGGUGCCAUGAAGGGUGGGGGACCUUACUAUCUAAUAGGUCGAGCCCUUGGUCCUGAAGUUGGAGUUAGCAUUGGUCUAUGCUUCUUCCUUGGAAAUGCUGUUGCUGGAGCACUUUAUGUAUUGGGAGCUGUAGAAACAUUUUUGAAAGCAGUUCCUGCUGCUGGGAUCUUUAGAGAGGCUGCCACACAAGUUAACGGGACUGCAGUUACACAACCAAUAGAGAGUCCAAGUUCUCAUGACUUGCAAAUAUAUGGGAUUGUUGUGACUAUUUUGUUAUGCUUUAUUGUAUUUGGAGGUGUGAAGAUGAUAAAUCGGGUUGCACCUGCUUUUCUCAUACCUGUUUUAUUUUCAGUCGUCUGCAUAUUUUUGGGAAUUUUUGUGGCAAGGAAGGACCAUCCCACAGGAAUGUGAAACAUAAAUUUUGGGCCUUUUGCGUCAUUUAAUUUCUUGUUAGGGUAAGACUAUGUGCCUCCUUACACAUAAGAAGCUGUUAUCAAAUGGAUGAAAUGAAAGGAACAUGAAGAGCACUGAUGAUGAUAUUUCAUAGGCAUAACUAAAUAUUCCAGAAUAGGAACUUGAAACACUUCUAAUUUCAGUUUAAUGGAUCUGGAGACAUUUUAUGUAAUCCAAAUCUAAAUCUAAAAGGGAAAACUAAUUUUUAGUGAAUAUACCGGAGUGCCUAAUGCAGACUUAGUUAAAUUGUGCAUACACAUAUAUAGUUAAUACAGUGUAUAGAUUGCAAAAUAUAUUAAUAAGACCAUCUUAAUUUCCUAAGGUACACAGAACGAAUGCUAAUUACGGAAUACUAAAUACAUUAAUAAGACUGUCUUAAUUUCCAAAGGUGCACAGAACAAAUAUGUUAUGU